AUGAACAGGGUGCCGUCUACAGCUCAGAAAGUUACGCAGGCCCAUGUUUGCAGAAUGACAGUUUGCUUUCUACAUCGUUUGAGGGCGGAACUUGGUUGCACACUGCCGUGGCAAGGCUCUUUUGCGGCCUGUGAGCCUGGGGCCUCGGCCUCCUAUGAGCACAUUCGGGCAGAAGCCGUUGACCUUCCAGUGAAAGCCGCUACAUGCAAUGCUUCCCAGCUGGUGGGUGAAGAGCUUCGGGCACAGUUACGGGCCGCUACAAAAGUUUUCCCCUCCAAGCCUAGCGUGAGCAUGAACCAGAGCGUUCCUUCAGAUCAGCGUGCUCAGUACGUGGCUUUGACAGUGCGUGAGCUGCGCUGUGGAAAGCUAAACCUUCGACCAGACGUUGCUGGGAUUGGCGGUGUUUUUGCUGCAGCUAAAUCUGGUGGCCGACAACGGAAAAUAUGGAACGGUGCUGACCUGUCACAAGUGGCAGCACGACCGCCAAAGCCUAGGCGUUUGGCAAGUCCUGCUUCUUUCCUUGACAUAGAAGUGGAGCGUGGGCAGCCGCUCUUCUUCUCCAAGCGUGAUGCAUCUACAUUUUUCGACGUUUUACGGGUCCCAGAAGGUUUGCAGACUUACUUUGGCCAGCCGCCUGUGUCUGUGAAGGAGCUCUUGCGCGCAGGCAUGAGCAUGACAGAGGUUUGGGAGGCUUGCAAAGACGUUGCACGUGAAGAUUUCUGUGAGGACUUUUGCCUGUACCCUGUACAUGCAGUGUGGCCCAUGGGUUUUUCUUGGUCUUCAGCAGUGGCACAAGACACUACACUGGCGGUGUGCGUGGCCGCAGGGAUUCCUGAACAACAGAUUCUUUGUGUGGACCAUGACACACCAGCCUGCCAUGAUGAGGUGUGCUUUGUGGCGACAGAUGAUACCGUACUGGUUCACAAAGAUCCUGCACAUGCAGCAAAGAGGUUAGAGAAGCUCGACAAGGCCUUCGAGGAGAAGCAUGUUCCGAGGAAUCCGGCCAAAGACGUCUCGCUUGCUCAAAGUCUUACUGCCCUAGGUUGCGACCUUUCUAGCCAGCCUGCCGUUGCACAGCCAAAUCGCAAGAAGCUUUUUGCUUGCAUCUGUCACACAAUCGACCUGCUCAGCCAUGGAAAAGCCAGUCCUUUGGGUCUCAGCUCCAAUUUGGCUGUAUGGGAAUGGUUUGCGCUGCUUCAGCGUGGUUUCUUCUCUAUUUACGAUGCCGUAUAUGGUUUUGCAAGGCGGGACCGGCCAGCUGAAGUGACCACGGUGCCACCUCCUGUCUUGAACGAGAUGUUGGUCACCUUGCUUUUGGCUCCCCUCUUGACUGCUCAGCUUGACAGACCACCGCUGCCUCAACUAAUCGCUGCUGAUGCUGCUCCUGAGUUCGGUUUUGGAGUGUCCGUGUGCGGGUGCUCCAAAGCGGAAGCGGCCGAGGUGUGCCGCUUGGCAGAGCGGCGUGGCGAUUAUGUACGACUCACUCCUGAGGAGGACGACGAUGCUUACGUCCCUCGUAUCGGCAAACCGCGACAGCUUGGCUACACCCAGCGUGACUUCACCACGGUCAUCUCGGCCAAAGCCAGGCAUCUCGACCAGCUGCAGGAGAGGCUGGAUGCUGUUUCCUUUGUGAAGGGCUCCCACGAUCUGCUCCAUUCGUGA